AUCAAACGAGGCUCGGCUCUCGGUUUCGAUGCCAGGGAUUUCUCUGCGAGGUCUUCGGAACUCGAGUACGUCGGGGAAUCGGCAUUUUCGUUGUCGACCUCAUUUUUCUGAAGGAUCCAAAGGCCAGAGCUCAGCGUCGUCGCCUGUUUUUGGGAAACCGAACGGAGAUCUCAUUUGCCAUUCGUACUGGGAUGUUAAACAAAACAACCUGAGCACGGGGAACAAGGUCUAUGGAAGGGAGAGAAGAAUGGUACUUCAUUAUGGUUUCUCUUCAGGGCUUUGCCGUAGAUGGAAGGAAGGGAAGGUUCUGACACGACCAUUGAAGCGAGCGGUUUCUUCACUCAGAUCUUCUUGACUCUUUUUCGAAUUUUGAUUUUCCGUAAUCAAUUGAAUUAUUACAUUCAAAUGACAUCACAGUAGUUGAACACAUGAUGAGCUUCGACUUAAUUGAUUGAUUCGAUCAAAUGUUGCUGCAUGAUGAGAAGGCGAUGAGAGGCCGCCAUUCGAUGACAUCAAAGAGAGCAGGCCAGACCGACAGGGACAAAGCAUGGAAACAAAUGUGUAGGCUGUGUUAUGGGCAACGUGAGAUGGAAGAUGAUCGCUGGCCCAAUGCUGGCUUAGUGGAAUAACUAAUAGUAACAAGCAAUCGGGAUGGAUCACCGCACGCUUUAAUGUCAUUGAGCAACUCGCUCCAGUUGUGUUUAAGCUUGUCAAGGAAGGUUGUUGCUGAAUACAAGGCAAAGUGGAGUAAAAUCCAAUCCGAAUCUUGCAAAUCUUCAGUGUGGGAAUAGUUGCUAAAGUCUUUUUAGGAAGAUGGUGGGCAUCUUGAAAGUGGAGAAUAUAGACUUUAUCUCGUAGCGUGUCUUGCCUUUCCGAGGAGACUGAUGACGAUCUGUGGCCCAGUAUAUUCGCUCUUUCUAUUUCUUCUGUGUCCUUAAAGCCUACAACUGACAUAAAGCUUGCACCCAGGAGUCUAGUGGGUUUAUCACCGUCUAUCGAUUGGACAUGCACGAUCGAUCCACUGUCACUCCCGUGCCAAUGGAUAUGUAUCGACACUGCGGCU